AUGCAAGCAAUUCAAACCGUUGAGUAUAAGCAAAAGACUCCCAGAAACAAAAGAGGAGGCGGUCAAAAGCACACAGCUGAUAUAGCUAAGGCCGAAGCAAAAGCCCAAGACCGGGUUAUUCAAAAGAAGAAAGCAGCUUUAACUAAUGCUCUUUCUUGCCCCCCUGCUAUCCAUCAGUUCAGUCAGAAGAUGGAUGAAGAUCUAAAGACUCGUAUUGCAGAAGUCUUUGGGUCUUACAAGCCAGAAACACCAGAAGAACGUCUACAUCGGGUAGAGAAUAAGCAGGAGAAGAAGCUUUCUUUAGUUUUUGGUUUAAGACAGAUAGUUAAGCUUAUCGAAAAGAAGAAGGCUAAGUUAGUUUUGAUUGCUAAUAAUGUUGAUCCGAUUGUUGUUGUUUUAUUCUUGCCUUCUUUAUGUAAGAAGAUGGGUGUUUCUUAUGCUAUCUAUGAUACUAAGGAGAAUCUUGGUGCUUUAGUUGGUCGAAAACAGGCGGCUUGUGUAGCCAUUGAUACGGUUGUUCCUGGUUUAGAAGGUCUGAUUACUGAAGUAAACGAGCAAUUCUCUGAUCGUUAUGACCAAAUCAUGCGCCAAUGGAGUACUCCCGGUACCAAACAGUAA